UUGGUCUUGCAGGAUGGAGGCUGCGGGGCGGGGUCAGACGGAGCCGGGACCGACCCGGAGGAAGAUCCGAGUGUUUGCGGCGGUGCUGCCCCACCCCUGGUCCUGGCGCGCCUCGAGGGGCCCGGCCGGGCUGCUGCGAGGGCCCCAGGAGAUUGAAAGCUAAGCAUGGGGAAGAGCUGCAAGGUGGUCGUGUGUGGCCAGGCUUCUGUGGGCAAAACUUCGAUCCUGGAGCAGCUUCUGUAUGGAAACCAUGUAGUGGGUUCUGAGAUGAUUGAGACGCAGGAGGACAUCUACGUGGGCUCCAUCGAGACCGACCGGGGGGUGCGGGAGCAGGUGCGUUUCUACGACACCCGGGGGCUCCGAGAUGGGGCCGAGUUGCCCCGGCACUGCUUCUCCUGCACUGACGGCUAUGUCCUGGUCUACAGCACGGACAGCCGAGAGUCCUUUCAGCGCGUGGAGCUGCUCAAGAAGGAGAUUGACAAAUCCAAAGACAAAAAGGAGGUCACCAUCGUGGUUCUCGGGAACAAGUGUGACCUGCAGGAGCAGCGGCGUGUAGACCCGGAUGUGGCUCAGCAUUGGGCCAAGUCGGAGAAGGUGAAGCUGUGGGAGGUGUCGGUGGCUGACCGGCGCUCUCUGCUGGAGCCCUUCGUCUACCUGGCCAGCAAGAUGACCCAACCCCAGAGCAAGUCUGCCUUCCCCCUCAGCCGCAAGAACAAGGGCAGUGGCUCCUUGGAUGGCUAAAGAGCUGCCUUCUCAGCCCUGGAAGAUGGGUUGAGGGGCAAGGUGGGGUUUAGGCAAGCUGUCCUUCCCAGUCAAGGCGGGGAGCUCCCCACUAGGCCAGGCAGCUGGGCUGUCCCAGGCUCAGGUCACUUUUGCUCCCUCCCAACUCUGGGAAAUGCAGAUAGUCUAGGUUGGCACUCCCAACCCCCCAGCCCCCAUCAUAUCUGCCCUGCUGUGAGUGGGGUGGUUGUGGGUCACUGUCCCUUCUACCUGCCCUGGACAGGAAGCAGAGCUAUACGUAGAAAUGGCCAGUCUAGGUCUAGUUCCUAUCACAGGGAUCUUACACCUCUGGUUUCCUGCCAAUCUCUCUCUCUCACACACACGCACACACUCUCUCUCUCUCACGCACAUACUUAUGGCAGCAGCCUGGACUCUAGCGAAAGGGCAUCCAGGUAUCGUCUGUGUGUGUGUGUAGGUGGGCGUAUGUGUGUGUGCUGGUGUUCGGGAAGCCUCCGCAUCCAACCCCCCGACCUCUCCUGUCUCCUUGGCUGGAAGAAGCUAGCCUCCUGGGAGUGUAAUUUUCUGUCUUAACUCCUCCCCCAGCGGUUUUGCUUCCUCUUCCUGCUCAGGGAGCAUUUCAUUGGUUGAGGUGGAAGAGGAUGCCGACUGGGCUGGGAGUCACCCGCUGGCUCUGUGGCCCUGCAAGGCCUUUCCCCUCUUGGAGCUUCAGUUUUCCCAUCUUUAAGAUGAUGGCAGUUGCUUAGAUGAUCUAGAUCGUCUCCAGCCCUGUGGUUGUAUACCGCCCUUAUACUGCCUGUGGUCGGGCCGGCUGCGACUGUCCCCUUAGCUUCUGCCUUUUCAAGGUGCUAUGCCUGCGGCCCUGGAGGCGGGGACACUGCUCCCCCCAACCACCAGGGGGCAGGAGUGCACUACCCGCUCUAGUUGCCAGCGUGGCCGCCCGGUACCCGGUCAGCGACCUCACAGCCCUGGGGACUGGCCUUCACCCCUUCCUGUAGUUUCAGCUGAUAGCUGGACUUCUGUUUAUAAAUUACCUGUGUUUAUAUGCCUGCUGCCAUGGUGGAGGCUGGGCAAGGUGCUCCUCUAGCCGUCCCUUCUUACCUCAGAUGCCUGAACAGAACAGGGCCAACCGGUUGCAGCUUCUCAAGAGCUGCCAGGUCUGUGGAGGCUCAGAAGGGUGGUUACACUUUCAACACGGUGUAAAGUGAGCUUGUAAUCCACAACUUCCUGUGCCCACUUCACGCUUCUGAAGUACACACCUAGCAGAGGUGAGACACUACAGCCAGGUGACCUCCAAUACACGCCCCUUCUCCCCAGCAUGGGAGAGGUGAGCAGGGUCAGGUGGCCCAGGCUGGGCAGGUCGAGUUUGGGCGUAUACAGGCUUGGGCUGCAAUUCAUUUAUUGAUGCGUUGGACACAAUAAAACCACCACUGUUAUCAAAAA